CCCCCCCCUCAUCUCACCACUCCAGGACGUCGCCGCGUCUCUGGUGUGUCUCCGGUCAUCUCGCGACCGCGGCCCUCCCAUCAUGAUCAUCAUCAAGGCAACUCUGCGUGACGAGACGCGCCGUCUCCAAUUCGACGCGCAUGGCUUCCCGGCCUACGACGAGAUUCAGCGGCGGCUCCGCUCCGCAUUCAGCCUUCCCUCGUCCGCCCACGCCUUCUGGACAAACGUCCUCUUCUUCCCGGACGACACUCAGUCAGCCCGCAUCAAGUUCAAGCAGCACAUCUGCGACCAAGCCGAAUACGAGCGUGCUCAACAGCCUUUCCUUCGCUACGGCGGAUUCCCCGCUCCAGCUCUUGUCUUCACUAUCCUUCUGUCAUCCGACAUCAGGAUGAACGAGAUCCACGACUUCCACCGAGCCGUUCACGGACGGAACGAGGCCAAUAACAUGGAGGAGGAGAUCUACCGCCUCGAGACCGAACUCACCAUUCGUCACCAGAUACUCAUUUCGCUGGAGGACAAUCUUCAAGCGGCUCGCGCCAUCAACGACAGUACCGCCGCCGAUUACUGGGCCGACAAGGUCGCGCAGAAGCGUCUCGGCCUCCCUGAGCUCGAGGAGAAGCUGCGUGGGGUUCGUUGCCGCCACCGUCUCCUCUCGGAGGAGUUGGAUCGCCUUGCCGCGACCUCGACCUCGACCUCGACCUCGACCUCGCCCGGCCUAUCGCUUCGUGAGUGGUCAGACCAUCAGGAGACCGAUGACAUGAACCGGAUGGCCGAGACCGAGAACGAGCUUGCUGCUUGGCUGGUCGGACACGCUUUUCGUCAUCCCAACCUCCCUGAUCCCAACCUCUCAGGACCAGACCUCUUCUUUCCCCCACUCGACCAAGUCAUGGGAGGUGCUGCGCCUCACAGGCGCCGCCCGUGGCAUGCUCCAUCCAACUGGGGCAACAACCUGACUGCGUGGGCGCUGCCGGACCCCCCUCAAGGCCCUGCUCAGCCGGCCAACUCUACGACGGGUUAUGGUCUGCUGAGCUCCUUCGGUGACCUUUUCGCUUCUGAGGGCCCUUCCCCCAGCUCUGGUCGCCAGCGGUCUAUCCUUGACCUGUUCGAUACCCCCGAGCUCACCGCCGCUCCUGCGCGUGAGGUGGGCAUGAUGCUCGACCGCUUCCUCAAUCACUUCCAAGGUCAGCUGGCCGACACUCUUGAUGGCUUCGCGCAGCGCAUUGCCCCUCACCCUUCGGAGGAGCUUCCCAUUCGUCCGGCUGCCAACACGCCCGAAGUUCAUGUUCCGGGCGCCUUUGUCCAGCCCGAGUCUGCACAGUCGUCGGACGCCCAGGUCCAGACUGCCAUGGCGGAGAAGGCCGAGCAAUUGAAGCCAUCGGUCAAGCACGGCAAAGGCGGAUACCGCCACAAGCACAUUACAUGCGACGGAUGCCUCACUGGCAUUCGCGGCACGCGCUACAAGUGUGAGCAGUGCAGCGACUAUGAUCUCUGCGGGUCCUGCCUGCCCUUCCUGCACACCGACGCCCUUCACUCCAGUUCUCACACGUUCAAGGCCAUGGUUCACCCAGGGCUUGAGGAGCGUAUCAAGUUUGGUGGCACGACAUCGUCGCGGGCUCCUCAUCAAAGCAGCCGGCACCCCGCCACUUGCGACAUCUGCAAUGAACUUAUCGUUGGAGUACGCUGGAAGUGUCUCAACUGUCCCGACUGGGAUUGCUGCUCGGCAUGCUCCAAGCUCAUCCCCAGCGUGCACCCAGACCACAGCUUUGUUAAACUUCACAAGCCCACCGAUUAUGUCAUGAACGCGGCUUGGGACGCCAAGAACGACGUCCACCACCCCUAUGUUGUUUGCGACGGCUGCAACAUGACAAUCCGUGGCCCACGCUUCAAGUGCAUGCACCCAGAUUGUCCUGACUAUGACCUCUGCGUCAAGUGCGAGGCAGCGCCAGUGCCUAUCCACCCGGAGAGUCACCCUAUGCUCAAGACCAAGAUGCCACUCAGGAUCAACUCCAAGUCCUCGUUUGACCCGAUUAAGAAUCCCACACCGCAGGCCACCUCUGGAUUCGGAGGCUCAGUCGACGUCCGCUCGUCUGCAUUUGCCCGCGGUGAGGACUACGCCAAGGCUGUCGAUGCUAUCCUGAAGUCGAUGUCUAGUAUUAGCAUCGCCGGCACUAGCUGUCCUCAAGAUCUCAUGGGUGUCAACGAGGGUGAUUCGGCUACCUUGACCUCGGCUCAGCCUAUCAACCCCCAGCCGGCCCCUGCCUCGAGCAUUUCCAAGGAACCUAUUGGGUCGCCAGCCGCUGGUAAAGAGGAGCCUCUUGUUGACGACGACGCUCCGAACGUCCAGGUCACCUCAACCGCUCCCAGUGCUGCACCGGAGGUUGCUCAGUCGAUCCCCGCUCAGGCGGCGGACCCGGCCGUCGCUGAUGUUGCCGCGGCGGAGCCCGCGACUGCGGCCGUGGCCACGGAGCCCGUGACCGAGACCGAGCCUGCCGACCCUCUGGACAUCCUCACCUGGGUCCGCCACGUCACAAUUAACCCCUCGACGACUCUUCCUCCCGGCACUGAGUUUACCAAGACGUGGCAGCUGCGCAACUUUGCAAGCGGUGAGGACUACGACUUCAACCUCCUUUACCUCGUCCACAAGUCGGAGGGUGUCUUGGGUGAUGCCUGCAAGAUGGAACUCAUUCUGCGCCGCGAGGACAUCAUCAAGAAUGCGGACAUCCAAGUGACCAUCCCGGGACUCAAGGUUCCCCACCUCCCGGGCCGGCAGAUUCUGGAACAGUGGCGGUUCGAGGAUGAAAAUGGUCGCGAGUACGGCCAGCCCCUUCGUAUCAGAAUCGAGGUUGAGGAGCGCCAGUCGUCGGGCGAGAGCACGGCCUCGUCGUCGUUCAUUGUACCCCGCGCGCCGCUGGAGCAUACGGAGGACUCGUUCUACCUCCCCACCCCCGUUGACCGUCGUCCGGUCCCGACGUCGGAGGAGCUCAGCGAGCGCCUCAGCUCCGUCCCUUCCUCGACUGCGGGUCACGAUGAUGACGCGUCGUCGACGUUCUCCUUCUCGGACGUCGAGCACGUCACGCACGAUAGUGUAGGGCGCAACACGUCGACCGACGACUUUACUGCCGACGACUACGACUUUGUCGACGAAACUGACGAGGAGACCGAGGACGGCUUCUAG